CUCCUCCCCGGGGCUACAACUGUUCCCAGGCUGGGACGAUCGCCGUCACCCCUGAACUUCCCCGUUCCUCUUUUCGGCCGCCCUCCCUUUCCGUUGUCCCUUCGCGCCCCAAACCACAUCCUGAAGCGCGCUCUCCCGCGCGACCGGCAGCGGGGACUGUGCGCCCGGGGCGAAGGCCUCAGAGUCGCGUGCGCUGCCCCUUGCUCCAUCCGCCUCCCCCACCCCCGGCCCACCCCCAGGCGGCGCUGAUUGGGCCGGUAGAGACUCUGCCCAGCGGAAAGUUUUGGGUGCCGGGAGGAAGUUCAACCUUCGGGAGACUCCAAGACAGCAGCUCCGGGGGGCGGCGGGGGUCUGGUGGCCAUGGAGGAGCCCCCCGUGCGAGAAGAGGAAGAGGAGGAGGGAGACGAGGACGAGGAGAGGGAUGAGGCUGGGCCCGAGGGCGCGCUGGGCAAGAGCCCCUUCCAGCUGACCGCCGAGGACGUGUAUGACAUCUCCUACCUGUUGGGCCGCGAGCUCAUGGCCCUGGGCAGCGACCCUCGGGUGACGCAGCUGCAGUUCAAAGUCGUCCGCGUCCUGGAGAUGCUGGAGGCGCUGGUGAAUGAGGGCAGCCUGGCGGUGGAGGAGCUGAAGAUGGAGAGGGACAGCCUCAGGAAGGAGGUGGAGGGACUGCGGAGCCAGGGCCCUUCGGCCAGCGCCAGCGGGGAGUGGCCUGAUUUCACCAAGAGAAGGCCCAGGAGGAAGAACAGAAAAAGAUGCUGUGGUUACCAGGGCCAACAAUACCAGCAAGAGCAAGGAGGAGAAGACGAUCAUAAAGAAACUGUUCUCUUUCCGAUCAGGGAAACAGCCCUAGACCCAAGGCCACACCUAAGGCUAUAGCUCUGACUCUCGGACACAACUCUCGAAAGAUACCUGCAAAGCCCUCUCCAUGCCACACAUACACACUGGGCCUGUGUAUUUAUUUCCCCUUCAAAGCAGACUAAGGAGGAAGGAAUCAAGGCUCUCUUGGCACCACUUUCUCCCUGGCUGCGGAACUUGAACACCUUUGAAGAUUCGGCCUGGGCCAGUGAAGCAGAAAUCAAGAAAUACAGAAGGAUGUGCGGGGGGGGGCCACUUCCUGCUCCCACGUCAGCCCCCAGGCCCUCCAGUGGGCAGACGCAUGUCCUGCUCAUCUGCUCCCAGGGAUGACCCUGGUCUUUUAUGUUUAGCAGAAGGGAGAAAAGAAAGCAGGAAAAUACGCUAUUGAUAUUCCAGUGGUGACUUCACUGGUAUUUAGUGAAUAUUUGAUUUAGCAAACGUGCCUUUCUUUAUGUGAUUUUGUAUUAAAGUAAAAUGACUCUAUACUUUCUAUAGCUUGUCUAGAGUGGUCUUUCAGGUACAAUGGUAUACCUGGUGUAUGUGUGUAUAUGACACAUACAUAAAUUUCAUUGUAGAGUGAAUCAGUUGCAUUCAUUGAAUCUAAACGAUGCUCCUUUAUUUGGUGUCACUAUGAAGGGAAAGAUUGCUGCAAACUAAAAUGUUAAGAUGCUAUUGAUUUCAGGACUCAUCUUGAUUUCAGAGGUGUUAAGAUGUGAAUAAAAUGCAUUUAGGAAUCAAUAAAACAGAGAGCAGCUGUUCGUACUUUGCAAAGGAACUAAUGAGCUUGCCUGGCCCGUUCCAUGAGCCUGUCUUAUUAGUCAAUAACAGCGGCUUACUCAA